GCCAGUCAAGGCUGUUUGCGCACGCUGUCAUUAAAAUUCAAGACUACUCAUGUUCCACCGGGAGAUACACUUGUUCAUAAAGGAGAUGUUCUUUCGGCCCUCUACUUUAUCGCUCGUGGCAGCAUAGAAAUUCUCUCAGGUCCUGACAACGAUAUUCUGGCAAUUCUUAGUACUGGAGACGUAUUUGGAGAACAUCCGUGUGUCUAUUCGACCGUGGGCAAGUCGAAAUGUAAUGUUCGUGCCCUUACCUACUGUGAUCUGCACAAAAUUCAUCGAGAAGAUCUUCUUGAGACUCUGGGCAUGUAUCCAGAAUUUGCAAAGUCAUUUUCAGAGGGUCUUGAGAUAACUUUUAACCUCAGAGAUGAUUCUCUAGUUAUUCCUUCUUUGAGCGUUGGUGAUUUUGGCGGGCCAGGGUUUUACGGCCUUCCCAAGUUCAAUUCUAGGCCCAUGCUUCCUCUUCUCUGUUCAGCCCCUGAGGAUCUAAAUAAUCAGCAGCCAAGCCAGGCAUUAGAACGAUUUUGUAAAGAUGGAUCUGCCAAAGAAUCUCUACACCGAAGAGGUAUGCGUCCACAACCUAUACUUAAUAGGAAAUAA